UACACUUGAUGAAGUCAAAAAGAUUGUAAUAUAGUUGUCGAUAUUUUCUGCACCAAUGAAACAAUCUGUUUCUAAUUGUCCUGGUUAUUUAUCAUAGCCUCUUAGUUUGAUUUUUGUUUUACAUUUCGGAGGAAACAAGCCUGUGCCAGUAAUCCAGAUGCCGGCUUCCCAUGCUGUUAUGCAAGCGUUUAAUUUUAAUUCCAGGUUCCAGGGACAAGAUGUUGCCAUGGAAAGGAAUAAAGCAGAAGCAUCAAUCAACAUGAUCCCCAUUGUGCUGGUCUCCGUACUCAUUGCUGGCGCCCUUGGGUGUGGCACCCCACCCAUUGAGCCCCUGACUUCCCGUGUGGUCAAUGGAGUAGAUGCCAAACCCCACAGCUGGCCCUGGCAGAUCUCUCUGCAGUAUGAGAGGGACGGUGAAUGGAGGCACACUUGUGGGGGAUCACUGAUUGCUGCCAACUGGGUCAUGACUGCUGCUCACUGCAUCAACACCAAGCUCUCCUACAGGGUGUUUGUGGGCAAAUACAACCUGAUCGAGGAAGAGGCUGGCUCCAAGGCCAUCCUGCCCGAGAAGAUCAUUGUCCAUGAGAAAUGGAACCCCAUCUUUGUAGCCUUCGGUAACGACAUUGCCAUGAUCAAGCUGUCAGAGUCUGUGACUUUGAGUGAUCAGGUGCAGUUGGCAUGUAUCCCUCCUGCCGACACUUUGCUGUCCAACCUCUACCCCUGCUACAUCACCGGAUGGGGCAGGCUGUACACUGGAGGCCCCAUAGCUGAUAAGCUGCAGCAGGCUUUGAUGCCUGUGGCUGACCAUGCCACCUGCUCCCAGCCUGACUGGUGGGGUAUCGCUGUCAGGACCACCAUGGUUUGUGCCGGUGGGGAUGGAAUCGUGGCUGGAUGCAACGGUGACUCCGGUGGCCCUCUUAACUGUAAGAAUGCAGAGGGUGCCUGGGAGGUCCACGGCAUUGCCAGCUUCGUCUCUGGCCUCGGCUGCAACUAUGAGAAGAAACCCACUGUCUUUACUCGUGUCUCCGCUUUCAACGACUGGAUCGACCAGGUUAUGAUGAACAACUAAAGAAGAAGAUGAAUUGUCAAUAAAAA